CAUGUUUGAAGCACAAUGGUGGUUGAUACACUGACACGUGUUCAAAUUAAAUUAAAGGAAUUAUACAAGUUAUGUUAUACUAUUGUUAUAUUCUAUUGUAGACAAGACAGAGGAAGGAGGGCAGACGAUGCAAUCUUCAGAAGAAGAACAGGCGAGCAACACUGGUCCAAGGUCCUUCAAGUCAACAGAGACUGCACCGUCCCGUUCAAUCUUCUUGGGAAAUCCUUGAAACACGGUAACGGUUGCGUCUGCUGCUCCCCGACCUUCACCCCUAAACGCCCGAAACGUGCCUUUCGAUCCCACAGUCUGGGCCCCACUGGGGGCCUAUGGAACAGUGUCACGAACCGUGUCCGCAAAUGGAUUAAUUCGAAACGCAAGUACGAAAUUUCCCCGACGGACAACGCCAUCGCCGCCGACAGACUACUGAAACGUGACGAACAGACGACUGCAGAGAGUGACGUCAGAGUCACGUCGAGUCAUCAUCAUCAUCACCAUCAUCAUCAUCCUCAGCUACAUCGGGACCACCGUCAGCAGGAUAACGUCACGCAAGUGGGGCUUCCUAUGUGUGAAGUAGAGACUGUCGUGGACGUGUCUCCCGUUGACAAACGUUUCAAUGAGGUGGAAGGGGCGCCGGGAGGGUUUGGGUGUGGUCAGGGAGUACAACUCACCGCCCAUCUCCUUCAGCCGUCGGGGAUCUCAAACAGACAAUUGUUCAGGGCGUCGCUGUACAAGCACAGGGAACGGAAGUUGUCCGGUAACUCCAUCGGCAAACAACCCCUAACCGGAACUACGAGUUGUCCCCCCAACUCCGCCAUGAAGUAUAAGGAUGCACAUAUACGGCAAUGGAGAUCGUGUCCAUCGUUGAGGAGAGGAGACAGUAUAGAAGGUGAUGGCUUUGAGGAUGUGGAUUUACCCUUCCUUAGAGAAAUGGAAUUUAAAAGGACAGCUGCUGAGGGUAAAACGUCAGUGGAUGACUUCUCCAUUUCGUUCAGCGAUCUCCAGUUACUCGAGUGUUUGCGGACAGGACGACGCUGUAGAAUAUACAGGGGUCGUUGGCAUGGUGAUGUGACGGUGCACCUGUUCGGCGGGAUGCAGUCAAGCGAGACGAGCACGUUCUGGUGUAACCUGACCAAACUCUACCGCAUACGUCACGAAAACGUCAUCCUCUUCAUGGGUGCCUGCACAGACCCGCCAAACAUGGCCGUCAUAACCAGCAUGCCGAAGGGGAUGUCUCUGUAUGAGAACAUCUACACUACGAAGGAUAAGCUGAACAUGCACACGAAGGUGCAGAUCCUGCAGCAGAUCUCUCUCGGGAUGGGCUACCUGCACGCCAAGGGAAUCGUUCUCAGAAAACUCAACACCAAGAACGUCUUUCUCGGCUCCAAGGUGAAGAUCAGUGUCAUGGACUGGGGCAUGUCCGAUAUUCGACACAACAGGUCAGAUUACGCCAGUGUUCCAAGAGGUCAUCUGACGUACGUUGCCCCGGAGAUUCUGUGUACCAUGAAGACAAUCCCUCCACGUCUGGUUGCUACCACGCCCUACACAUAUGAAUCAGACGUCUUUGCCUUUGGGACACUGAUGUACGAAGUGAUGAAUGGUGACUUCCCGUACAUCGACAUCCCCGUCGAGAGCCUCAUCUGGCAGGUGGGACAGGGCAGACGACAGUGUCUCGAGAAGCUGCCCUGCUCCGCUGGUCUCAAGACCAUCAUUGAAGACUGCUGGGCUCAGGAGUCGAUCUAUCGACCAGACUUCCUGGAAAUAAGCAAAGACAUCCACAAAAACUCUCCGAUGUACAAGAAACACAGCUGUUCCGAACCUGGAAGACUUCAUCGCACGGGGACCAGCAUCAAGCGAAACUGGUGAUGCAUCACGCCUCCUCGCUCAACUCGCAUUUCUAGUCGGACUCUUUACUCUGUAUUAUAAUCUGUUUUAAUUAAAAUGUGUAUGUAUU